CAGGCGCACACACGAGGCGAAAUGAGCUGGAGGAUUUCAGCUUGCCCGGCGGCUUCGUGCGCGACUAGAGGAAAACCAGGCGCAGCGACUAGUAAUCGGCUAGGUAACGUCGAGCCAUCGCACCAUACCUGGGGCGCACUCACCUCACCGUUAGCGCCCUCGACGAGAAGAAGCUGGGAAACAUGCAGCGAAACCAGCACCUUAUGGCCGUCGGCUGACUAAGCACAUGGACUACUUCCCGGUGUCGACGUCGAUGAAGCCAAGACAGACACACGGACAGACAGACAGACAAAGACAGACAGACCCGAGCCCAUGGGAACACAGACACCUCCACCUCCACCUCCACCUGCACUACCUACUCUUCGACUACAGUACUGCCCUGCCCACUGCGCAUUGUGCACGGCACUCGAUCUUGUCUCCCUUGACGACUCCUCGCGCCCGUCUGCCCUGCUGUAUCCUCAUCGCCUGACAUUGCUUUCUGUGGACCGACUCCGGUGCUCGCCGACGCAGACUCCUCAGACUCCUCAGCCUCCUCAGCCUCCGCGACUGACCUUCGCCGACCACCUCCACUCUCCCGCUCGCAGGCCACUUCGUCACAUCGGACACCGCCCUCGACGGAAUCAUCGACGCAGUCCACGCACUUGACAGCUCCGAAUAGUAAUCCAAGCGCGUGCGUCGUCCACGAGAUUCAUUGAUUCAUUGAUUCAUUCGUCCUUCAUUCGUCACAGGGCCCCUCCGAGUGGAUAUAGCUGCGGUCUUCGUCAUCGGUCACGGACUCGACCGCACGCCUCUGCCUUUCUGCCGCUCGCUCAACCUCCAGCUCUCUUCCAACCUCGAAAGCCAGGCC